CGAAUCAAUAGAUUCGAUGGGAUCUUCGAUCGAUCGAUUGAUCGAUUGAUUGAUUGAUUGAUUGAUUGAUUGAUUGAUCGAUCGGACAAAAAAAAACAAAAACAAAAAAACGGGAAAGGAGGAGGCCGUUAACAAAAACAAAAGACGAAGAAGAAGAGGGCGAGGAUUCGCGAGAAGAUGACACAGAAGAAGAAGCGGCGAAGGAUGAGGCCGGGGCGAUGGAGAAAGGACGAGGAGGAACAUGAAGAGGAGGAGGAGGAGGAGACGGAGGAGGAGGAGGAGGAAGAGAAGGACGAAGAAGAACAGGGCGAGGAGGAGGACAAAGAAGAGGUGGAGGAGGAAGAGGCCACGGCGAUGGAGGAGGAGGAGGGAGAGAACUUAGAGGAGGAAGAAGGAGAAGAGGAGGAGGAGGAGGAGGAGGAGAAGAGGACUGGGAAGGGGAUGAGGAAGAAGCGGAGGAGGAAGAAGAGGAGGAGGAGGAAGAAGAGGAGGAAGAACAGGAGGAGGGCCCGACGAUGGAGGAGGAGGAGGGGUGACGGAGUAUGUGCGAUAGAGUUCUCCAAAGAAGACCAGGAUGAGUGGUGCCCCAUCGGAGAGCCUCCUCUUAAUCCAGCACUAAUGAUGUGCCAGAAUCCUUUUGACAGUAUGACGCAGGUCCUUCCCUUCACUGGACAUGACAAAUCUGUGGCCGAAGGAAUUGGUAGCCGACUUUUGCUGAACAACACUAUCAGUGCAGCUGGCACUCCCCUUGAGACCUUUCUUUCUAUCCUCCCUUUGCGUCCGCAUGGCUUAACGAAGAACCGUGGCAUUCCAGUGGAUGCUGUUACUACCACCCGGAGUCGUAAAUCCAUCCUAAGUGGACCCAUUCUCGAUGCUGCCCUUGACGGGGGCACGUUGUUUGUGCUCAGUAGCUCUUGCAAGCGGGGAUCAUCGAGGGGCGAGCAGGAGCCGGGAUCGUUGAGGGACGAGCAGGAGCUAGGGUACGUGACACUGCCUGCUCCCCGUCUCCGGGGGUUUAACGAGUCCAGUUUCUCUGGAAAUCCAAAUGGUUCCAACUCCGAUGACUUUCGGAUAAUCUCAGUCGGAUGCUACGAAGCUCGGACAUUAUUUUUCCCACCUACUUUGAACACCUCCUUUCUUGCAGAAGUUCGCCCGGGAAUGAAUUUUUCGCAAAUCGAAACGACUGGCUUCAGCAGCAGCAUGGACGCUUUCCUUUAUGGAAGCGAGAAAGGACUUAUGGUUGCUUAUGACUUCAACAAUAGUUCAAGGGACAACUUUGACCUGCAUGUCUGGUACGACAGGUCAGACUGGACAGACUGGGCACGGACGUCAGCGUUUUUGCCGAGUUGGAUUGUCAUUGUGCCUCCAAUUCUGAGAUUGGCACGGGCGUUCAAUCUGGGGACCAAUGCAUUCGUGUCCUGGGUGAUUGAAGGUGAUAAAACGUUGAGUACAAAUCCUGCUCCUCCAUCGACUAGACGUAUUCCUCUGCUAUUUGUGAAGGAGUUUCCUAAAGGGGGUACAAGGUUGGUAAUUGAUAUAACAGUUGGAUUCGCACCAUUGUUCUUUCUCUGGGUGUUGAUGCUCAUGCUUCCAGUCGUCCUGGGCGCUAUUGUAAAUGAGAAACAAGCGCGACUUCGUAUGAUGAUGAAGAUGCACGGUCUGUCGGACAGCGCUUACUGGACCAUCAGCUAUAGCUACUUCUUUCUCAUGUCCAUUGCUUACAUGCUUAUCUUUGUAGGGGCGGGGACUGCCCUUCGGCUAAGGUUCUUCACCCUUAAUGAUGUUUCCAUCCUCCUUGUGUUCUUGUUUGUCUUCUUCAACCACCAGAUCGCCUUUGCCUUUUUUCUUAGCGCCUUCUUUUGCUCAACCAGGAUAGCUGUCAUAACUAGCUAUUUCUAUGUCGUCGCGUCAGGACUCCUUGCUGAGGUGCUAUACAAGUCCUUUCUUGAGAGCCGCAACACAUCUCAUCGGGUGGUCUUUGCCAUGCAGCUCCUCCCAGCCUUUGCCCUGUAUAGAGGGAUUUACGAGUUCGCGUCCUAUUUAGGUCAGGGAAACUUUAAGCAGAGUAAGGGAAUGGUGUGGAGUGAUUUGAACGAUGAAUGGAAUGGAUUGACAGCAGUUUUGGGGAUUUUGGCAGUGGAAUGGGUGGUCUUCCUGCUUCUUGCUGUAUAUAUGGACCAGGUGCUGGAGUCCGGCAGCGGAGUGCGGAGACACCCACUUUUCUUCCUCGACUGCAAAUGGAGAGUGAAGAACAGGAGAACACCAUCUUUUGUUGAAAAACAUCCUCUGCUGGGAGGAGGAUGGACUGGAUGGUGUCGUGCUUGGUGGGCCGCUAGGCAUUCGACAACACCGGAGCCCUGUCAGCAGGCAGAACUGGAAGAGGAUGUGGCUGCCGAGAGAGAGGCAGCCAAGGCUGCAAUCCAGGGGCUUAAAUCCUCCAACCCCUACUCCUCCUCCUCCUCCUCCUCCUCCAUUACACCCAUCAUAUGUGAUGACCUGCGAAAGGUGUACAAGGGGACAGAUGGCAAUCCGGAUAAGCUUGCAGUCAAGGGCAUGUCUCUCACGAUAGCCAGAGGAGAGUGCUUUGGGAUGUUGGGGCCGAACGGAGCCGGCAAGACGACGGCAAUCCACAUGAUGGUAGGCUUGCUGCAGCCUACUUCUGGUACGGCUCACAUAGAGGGCAUGGAUAUACGAACGGACAUGACAUCCAUUCAUUCCGUGAUGGGUGUUUGCCCGCAGGACGAUUUGCUUUGGGGCAACUUGACAGGCAGGGAGCACCUCCUGUUUUAUGGAAGGCUAAAGAACUGUCGCGGGCGGCGACUCAAUGAAGAGGUGGACAUGUGGCUCCACAAGAUGAACCUCCUCACAGACAACGCUGGGUCCAAACUCGUGAAGUCCUACAGCGGAGGAAUGAAGAGGAAGCUUAGCGUUGCUAUCUCAUUGAUCGGAGGCCCGCUCGUGGUUUACAUGGACGAACCAAGUACGGGACUGGAUCCUGCAUCAAGGAACAACCUUUGGAGUGUAAUUAAGGAGGCAAAGAGAGGGAGUGCAUUUAUCCUCACCACCCACUCAAUGGUGGAGGCAGAGGUCUUAUGCGAUCGCCUCGGCAUCAUCAUCGACGGCGAGUUUGCAUGCAUUGAUAAUCCAAGGGAGCUGAUUGUGCGAUACGCUGAGUCGUACAUUCUCACGGUCACCUCGAAUCCAGAGGAAGAGCCCGCAGUGGAAGCACUCACUUCCUCUCUUUGGCCUCAGGCAAAGAAAGUGUACUCUCAGGGCGGUACGCAGAAAUAUGAACUGCCCAUCCUGGAUGUUGAACUAGCUGAUGUAUUCCGUGCCAUGGAAGUAGCACGGACAGACAUCAACAUCCAAGCCUGGGGAAUAGCCAACAGUACCCUGGAGGACGUCUUCAUUAAAGUUGCCGGAAAAAUGGCAUGAACUUCCGUGAAGCCUUUAUUCCACAUGACUUAAUUUUUUAUACCAUAUAGUUGAAUAUACUGUAUAGUAAAUUAUUAUUAUAUAU